AUGACGCAAAACGAAUCUCCAUCCGUAUUUAUAACCAAUAUAUUAGUAAACCCAAUACCCCAAUAUCUAUUGGGCAUUCUUCCUGCAAUUUUAAUUCUCGGAGACUCGCCCUUUACAACGCUUUUUUCAAAGAUGCUGCGUGUAUUUAUAUGUCUUGGGAGUCCCUUUGUGGGAUUAUUUUAUUUUCUAAAUAUAAACACGGGUAAAGAUCAGGCUCAGGCUCAGGCUCAGGGCCCACCUAAUGUAGUAGACGCUUGCGCGUAUUGGCUUCCAGCCGGCCGCUUCGUGGGUGGAACAUGGCCGUUCGGAUUUCUCUCAAAUAACCUAGAUUUUGACACUAACAACAAUAAUAAUACUCGAGAUAUCCUCGAAAAAUGCAUCUUACCUAGCUCGGCUUUGGAGCGCUUUGCUUGCUUUAUAUCCCUUUACUUUAUAACCGUUGGG